UAAAACCGUAACCACUACAAAAUCAAAACGGGGACGUAAAGCGUAUAUAACACCAGAAAAAACUGACACUACAGGCAAAUGCCAUUUCAUGAGAGUGCAAAAAGUCGUUAAGAAAAAGAACAAAAGUCAAUGUAAAAAUUGCGAUAUUAACGAAGAAUAUAUUAACACGUUGUCUGAACGCAUAAACAAAAUUGAGCAUUUAAUUAAAGAUUUCGAAAAAGGAAUGAAAAAUUUUGGACAAAAGCAAUCUAAUACUGACGACCGUACUAAUAAUACAAACUUCCUACAAAUGGAUACAGAUUCAUUAAUUAAAUUUUCUGAAAGACCUGAAUUCACACUAUUUAACAAUAUAAAUUCCCAACCUCAAUUUGCUCCUUAUUAUCCAAACAACAUAUAUAUCGACCAAAAUAUUGUGCCUCAAUAUUUUGGUGCUAUGCCUUUCGAUAAUCGACCUUUUUCAUUUUAUCAAAAUUAA